CCAAAGAGGGCCGGCGGAGGGAGGAGCCCACGAAGCCCGGGAGGAGGGCGGAGGAAGGUCCGCCUCGGCGCGGCCGCAGACUCGACGGGCUCCCAGGCACAGCCGGCCGGGCCGGAACUGCAGCGGCCGCGCGAGAAUGGGCCGCCCCGGGACCUAGCGCGGCGCAGCACGGGCCGCGGCCAGGGUCGGGCGGAGCCGCCGCGCAGCCGGAGCCAUGAACGGGGACGCCAUCUGCAGCGCGCUGCCCCACAUCCCCUACCACAAGCUCGCCGACCUGCACUACCUCAGCCGCGGCGCCUCCGGCACCGUCUCGUCGGCGCGACACGCGGACUGGCGCGUGCGGGUGGCAGUGAAGCACCUGCACAUCCACACGCCGCUGCUCGACAGUGAAAGAAAUGAUAUCUUACGAGAAGCCGAAAUAUUACAUAAAGCAAGAUUUAGUUACAUUCUUCCAAUUUUGGGAAUUUGCAAUGAGCCUGAAUUUUUGGGCAUAGUUACUGAAUACAUGCCAAAUGGAUCAUUAAAUGAGCUUCUACACAGAAAAACUGAAUAUCCUGACAUUGCAUGGCCAUUGCGAUUCCGCAUCCUGCAUGAGAUUGCUCUUGGUGUAAAUUACCUGCACAAUAUGAAUCCCCCUCUGCUUCAUCAUGACUUAAAGACUCAGAAUAUCUUGUUGGAUAAUGAAUUUCAUGUUAAGAUUGCAGAUUUUGGUUUAUCAAAAUGGCGUAUGAUGUCACUCUCUCAAUCACGGAAUUAUAAAUCUGCACCUGAAGGAGGAACAAUCAUUUAUAUGCCACCUGAGAACUAUGAACCAGGACAGAAGUCAAGGGCCAGUGUGAAGCAUGACAUAUACAGCUAUGCAGUUAUCAUGUGGGAAGUGUUAUCCAGAAAACAGCCUUUUGAAGAGGUCAUCAAUCCUUUGCAGAUCAUGUACAGUGUGUCUCAGGGACAUCGGCCUGACACCAGUGAGGAGAAUUUGCCAUUUGAUAUACCUCAUCGAGGUCUCAUGAUCUCUCUAAUACAAAGUGGAUGGGCACAAAACCCAGAUGAAAGACCAUCUUUCUUGAAAUGCUUAAUAGAACUUGAACCAGUUCUGAGAACAUUUGAAGACAUAACUUUUCUUGAGGCUGUUAUCCAGCUAAAAAAAGCAAAGAUACAGAGAGCAUCGAGUACUGUUCACUUAUGUGAUAAGAAAAUGGAUUUAUCGCCGAACAUACCUGCAAACCAUCCUCCACAGGAGGAAUCGUGUGGAUCCUCUCUGCUCCCUAGAAACACUGACUCUCCUGGGACCUCCAGGUCCCUAUCAGCUCCUCAAGACAAAGGUUUUUUAUCGGGUGCACCUCAAGACUGUGCUUCAUUGAAGGCACACCACUGUCCUGGAAACCACAGCUGGGAUGGUAUCGUUUCUGUAUCACAAGGGGCAACCCUCUGUGAUCGCAGGACCACCUCGUGCUCCUUGGCUGUAAUCAGUCCACUCUUGGUUGAGAAAAGUUCAGAGCGCCUGCAAGCUGGUAUAGCACAACAGUGGAUCCAGAGUAAGAGGGAAGCCAUUGUGAGCCAGAUGACUGAAGCCUGCCUUAACCAAUCACUGGAUGCCCUUCUCUCUCGGGACCUGAUCAUGAAGGAGGAUUAUGAACUCAUUAGCACCAAACCUACAAGGACCUCAAAAGUCAGACAGCUGCUAGAUACCUCUGACAUCCAAGGAGAAGAAUUUGCCAAAGUUAUAGUACAGAAGUUGAAAGAUAACAAGCAGAUGGGGCUUCAGCCUUACCCGGAAGUACCUGUGGUUUCCAGAACACCGGCUUCAAAUUUCCUUCAAAAUAAAAGUUUAUAAGGGGGCCAUCUUUGAGAGGAAAGUCAGUUUACAAAUGGUUAUUUAUAUUUCUGUUACCUGUAUAAUAUUUGUAUAAAAACAUGAAAGUAUUAGAUGCUUCACUGAAGGUUUUUGGAAGAGUCUCUUCCCAUAUUGCAGUAUUUUUUUUAAAUUAAUAUAAGUAAAAAGUUUGCUUUAUGCUAUGUAGUUCAGUUUUUAUGUCAGUUUCACUACUUGAACAUUUUUAUGUAAUAAUUACAUUUCUCUUGUAUGUAACAGUGCCUUAAAGUGGUCUUUGUUUCUGACAGAAGGCACUUUCUCACUCACCUUCUCUGCAGAUUCUUUAUUACCCUCUAAAGUACAGUCUGACUUUACACAACAGUGAUGCAGGAUCCCCACUCGCCAAUCCCAGGUUCAGAUCCCCAAAGACUUACUCAUUUUUAAAUUUGAUUUAGAAAAUUCUUUAGAAGGUAGUUUCAUGGCAUGCAGAGCAUAAUGAAGAAAACAGAAGAAUCUUCUAUUAACACUGGCCACCGUGCACCUCUGCUUACCCGUUGCCCCCUGUCUGUCUCCAGAGCCAGCAGCCCAUUGUGUGUCCUGCUGCAGCCUGCUUCCCGCUACUGCUUCAAGCACCGCUGGUUGGGAGGAGGCCGGCCUUUGCUUAGCUGUUUGCUUUGUGACGCACCACGGUGUUUUAACUGAAAGGUACAGCAGGUGUGCUCCUCCACACAUCUAACUCACUCCAUUCAGUGACCGCACAUCAGCCACACCUCUCUGUGUUGGAGUUUCCAAGCUUGCUCACACCAACUUCACAAGAAACAAUAAAAAGGCAACACAGUG